GCAUCUACGAGCACGGAAGGAGAAUACAAAAUCUCUCCGUCGGAGCGAGCUUAUAAACUUGGAUACAACUGGUACCAGGUAUCAAUCGCAACCAUGCUGCUACAUCUAACUCAUUUGCUAGUAGUCAGCAUUCUACAUGUACUCAUUGCAAAUGCCGUUGCGGCAGGCAGCAGCACUCCCGUAGUCGAUGUGGCCAUCAUUGGGGGAGGUCCCGCAGGACUUGCCACCGCCCUUAGCCUCCGCCGAGCCCUUGGUUCGAAAGCAAACAUCCAAAUCUUUGAAAGGGCAAAGACCAUGAAGGACGUGGGAGCACAUGUGGGCCUCCUGCCGCUGUGUUUCGACGCGUUGGAUGCGAUUGAUCCUACGGGGACGUUGACGAGUAAGGUUGAAAAGGCCGGAGACUGUCGCACGUUGUUGAGACGGUACAACGGAGAGGGCAUUCUGGAGGAGGACAUUCCAUCGGAUCCACAGAACAAGGAGGAGAGAGUCGUGGUGGUGCCAUGGCACCGGCUUCAAGAGGUCCUGGUCGGAGAACUACGGCAACAAGAGCACGGUGACUCAAUGCUUCGUCUCGGGUGCGAGCUGGUGGCCAUGGACAUGAACGACAAACCCGAUGAUGGGAAGAGCGGGGUAGUGCUCUCAUUCUCCAAUGGAGAAACGUGUAGAGCCAAGAUUGUCAUUGGCGCCGACGGCAACAUGAGCCGCGUCCGAAGCCUCCUCUGUGGUGGUGACAACAAUGACGAGAAUCCAGUUUAUGCUGGAUCCGUCAUUUGGAGGAUGGGACUUUCGUCCGGGGAGAUUGGUCAAAACAUUCUAAAGAAAAUCUCAGAUACCACUACUAGUACUGGCGUGUCGAAUGUGUGGGCAAACAAUGGACGGGUGCUCGUGGCACAAAAGUUUGGCUCGGGAGACUCUGCCAAAACGUACAUUUCCGGACAAGCGGCGUGGCCUGAAGAUAGGUUGCACAUGCUGGAUCGGCAGUAUUGUGGCAAUACAGGUUACAACAACGUGGAAAAGGAGGACGUUGUGGAUGGUGGAGGCAGGAAGGAAAAUCGACAACCCCAAACGAGUGCGUUGGAUCGAUUCCUUGAGGAGUUCCAGGACUUCCCUAGGGACAUUAUGGAUGUGGUCGCAAAGGAAUGCAAAGUUGGAAGUCUGCUGGAGCAUCCCAUAUACUUUCGUCCACCUGGGAGGCCGUGGGGAAAAUCCCAUGCGACUCUGUUGGGAGAUGCUGCGCACGGUAUGCCCCCCAAUAGCGCCAUGGGAGUUCCAAUGGCCUUGGAGGAUGCAGUUGCCCUGGGCCACGCUUGUUUUCAAUAUGGAUGCACGGACGAAGCCUUGAGAGCCUACGAGAAGGCAAGGCAAACACGCGUGAACACCAUUGCAAACGCGGUGAUUUCACAGUCGACGGGAUACUACAAGGAUCGAGACGAGGACUCAAAUCCUUUCAAAGUCAAGGGCAAUGAGGGCAUUGUUUCUUUUGUAAGGAAUUUCCAGAACAAACCUGUUCCCCAAUACGGCGGAAAUCAUGCAAGCACGCAGAUUCGCAAAAAGUCAUGAGCCCGGAAGGAUUCUCCAUCCAGGACCUUUCUAACAUCCGUACUCUAGACCACCCUAUUCUCAAUCACCCUUUCACAUUUCAUGCAAUGGCUGCUCGAUCGAAUUCCUUCAGGUGUGGUGGACCCGUUCUGUCUUCCGUGAUAAAAUAAAUUCUUGACAGCCAGUGUGAACGCGCAGCUGUAGACUUGAUGGACAAUGCCAGUGGCUGCAAGGGCUACUUUGUCCCGGCUUCGAAAUGCAUUGAAGUUGAUGUUGAACCUGCUUGGAAUGACUAGUAGCAAAACUUACUGUGCCAGCAGGACGCACCAUUCAAAAUCAUUCAUU